UCCAAAAACGACUCAACUCGGCGCAAUAAUUAGUUUAAUGUGAUUAAUUAGUACCAAAACACCGGUGUACGAAGUAACUUAAGAAAAUAAUAAUAAAAUAAUAAUAAUUAAAUUAAUUGAAAAAACUAAACUCCACUUGUUCAAUCACCGUCGUCGUUAUCGAAAAGCCGACAUAAACGCCGUCGAAGACAACUUUCAAAAAGGUUACCAACUUCUAUACGCUGAAAGGUUCAACCGUAACUAACGCCGUUAAAUGGAUUCCCUUUUCCCUGUACCAUUCCCACUGGAAAAAAAAAAAACAAAAAAAAAUGUCAACGGUCAGAAUCGCUGGCUUUUGUUUCUUCCUAACUUCUCUAUAAGCACCCACCUCAUCUAUAUAUAUAUAUAUAUAUAUAUGCAUACAUUAGAUUUUUUCUUCUCCGUAUAAGAUCUCCAUGCUCAAUAUAUUUACAUUUGCAUAAAAAUUUGUAUUUUGUAUUUUUUUUUUCUCGACGUCGAAUUCAUCUGAAGAAGAAUAAUCAUAACCAUGAGCCCAGCGAAGUUCAACGAUGAAGAUCGUUCGAUGAAGGCGAUCCACGGUGUACGUCCAUCUCCAUUGAAGAUCAACAGAGAUUCACAUUCGAUUCAAAAACCAUCUUCUUCUUUCGCCGCAGCACCCGUGGUUCCGGCAUCUGCAUUUCCAAAUCCGCAGCAGAAGCGACAGCCGGUCAUCAUCUACACACAUUCUCCCAAGGUCAUCCACACACAAGCUCGUGAUUUCAUGGCUCUGGUGCAGAAGCUCACGGGUCUCACGCAUCCAGAAGACGAAACGGCGUCGUUUUCGCAGAAGCAGAUGGAGAGCAAUGGCAAUGCAAAGGAUUCGUCGUCCGCCAUGUCGGAAGCGAAUGCGGCGAAGAGUGGAAAUAGGAAUCCCACCAUCAUCAGUCAAGAAGAGACGGAGUCGUCGUCGGUUGUGACAGAUGAUAAUAACAACAAUAAUAAGAAUUAUAGUGGAAAUAGUAGCAGUUACGAUAUGGAAGCCAUUAGGUCAUCAUCUUCUGGUUCUGGUGGGUCUUCCAUACUCAGCUUUUCCAAUUCCUAUUUCGGUGAUGUUCCGUUGUUUACACCCAAUGGAACAGAUUUCUUCUGCUCUCCUCGGCCCGGUUACAGAUUCCCCGCCGCGGAUACGUCAUUCGCGUCGCCAAACAUCGGGGGUUCAAUAUCGCCUUCGGUUUUGGAGUUCAUUAAACGAAUACAAGAAUAUUGAUCAUGGUCUCUAGAGGGAUCGAUCUAUGGCGCUAAUCUUCAUUUCAUGUUGAUUACUUGUUUCUUUGUCCAUAGGUAGGUUUUGAUUUUUUUUUUUUAAAUAAUUUUUUAAUGACUUGGUUAAUUUCUCUUUUUAAUGAUUUAGUUGCUGUUAAUUUCAAAUGUGAGCCAGACUGAUUAAAGUAAAAAUGUUAAUUUUUUUUCUUUCAGAAA